CCGCCGCCCUCCGCCGGUACCGCGGGCCGGGCUCCAUGCCGCGCCGGCCGGCAUGCCCAACCCGCUGCCUCCUUUCCUCGCCAUCCUCUGCUUCGUGGCGACCGCUUUCAAGGCUCCGCUCGCCCAGGCCGGGCAAGGGGUUGAGGAGCCGCCUUGGUGCCCCUACAAGGUGUCGGGGGGCGAGGGGGCGGCGGCGGGGGGGCGGCUCUGCUUCCGUCCGCCGGCCCGUGGCUUCCAGUGCUCGGCUCGGGCUUGCCGCGCCCACCGCUCGCCCGGCGGCGCUUUGGUGGCCAACGUGCUGGCCAACGGCAGCGUGCUGCUGCAGUGGGGGCCUCCGCGCCCCGCCGCCGGCCUCCGCGGCUUCGCCCUCAACUGCUCCUGGGACGGCACCUACACCCGCUUCCCCUGCGACAGCGUGGAGCUGGGGGCGGCCUGUCGCGAUUACCUGCUGCCGGAGGCGCACGGCAGCGUGCGGUACCGCCUCUGCCUGCAGCCCCGCUACGCCCCGCCGCGCCCCGCACCGCCCGCCCAGUGCGUGGAGUUCCGCCUGGAACCGGCCGCCAUGCGGGACAUCGUCGUCGCCAUGACGGCCGUGGGGGGCUCCAUCUGCGUCAUGUUGGUCUUCAUCUGCUUGCUGGUGGCCUACAUCACCGAGAACCUCAUGAGCCCGGCCCUCGGAGGGGGGGUCGCCGCCGCCGCCCCGCAUCGCGCCUAACCCCGCCGGCGGCU